AUGAAAAUUAUCAGUUUGAACUGCAGGGGGUUGGGGAGUCCCCGUGCGGUUCGAGCCUUGUUAAGGCUCAUUCGUCUUGAAAAUCCCAGUGUGGUUUUCCUUAUGGAGACCCGUCUUAAGAAAGAAGAAUUAUUAGGUAUUCAGUUCAAAUGUGGCUAUGAAGGUUGUUUUGCGGUGGACUGUGAGGGCUCUAGUAGGGAUCGGGCUGGUGGGUUAGGCUUGUUGUGGAUGAACUCUGUUAAUCUCACAAUAACUUCUUUUUCUUUGAACUUCAUUGGAAGUUCUGUGAGAGACGAUUUGGAGGAACAACCGUGGGAGCUCUCCGGUGUGUAUGGUUAUCCCGAAGAAAACAAUAAAAAAAAGACUUGGCUUCUGGUUCAGAAAUUGGUGCAGGGAGAAGGAAGGAAGACGCUGAUGGUUGGUGAUUUCAAUGACAUUCUGGCGGCGGAUGAGAAGAUUGGAGGGAUUGCGAGAUCUUUAAUCCAACUGUCAUGGAGUAGGCAAUCUUUUGAGCUCUGUGGGCUUAUUGAUCUUGGCUUCGAAGGCUAUCCAUAUACAUGGUCAAACGGGAGGAAGUUUGGUCCAAUAUGGGUCAUUCACCUGUCUCGGUUUGGAUCGUAUCACGCUGCAAUUAGGAUUGACUUGGAAGCGGCUGUGAAGGAUGUUAAAAGGAAGAGAGUUCAUAUUUUUCGGUUUGAAGAGGAAUACAGGGUUGGAAAUCUUGGUAAAGAGAUUAGAAGAUUGGAGAGUUUGUUAGAGGAGGAUAGAAAUUGGUCUGCAGACUCGGAGGGUGUGAGGAGGUUCAAGGAGCUGGAGAAACAGAAAACACAAUCUCUUACAGAUGGAGGAGAUAAUUUGGAGGCAAAAGAGUAG